GCUUAACCGUUCCUCAAGACCCGAAUAAAAGAGGUCAGAUAAUGACAGCAAUGUCCUUAACAGCUGGGCCCCAGGAACUGGUGUCUUUUGAGGAUGUGGCCGUGUACUUCACUGCGGAGGAAUGGGCCAGCCUGGGACCUGCUCAGAGGGCCCUGUACAGGGAUGUGAUGCUAGAGAACUAUGCGGCUGUGGCCUCCCUAGCAUCACCCAGUUUCAAACCAGCUCUGAUCUCUCAGCUGGAACAAGGGAAAGAGCCAUGUUUCAUCAAUCCACAAGGUCAGAGUUGGAAAGCAGACCUUGCAGGAUACAGCGCAAAAUUAAGAAGAUGUAUCCACUUAGCUAAAAUGAUGUCACAUGCCAUAAAAUUAAAACUUCUUCGGAAUCAUCUCUUCUGGGAAGACAGGACAAAGGCUUAAUUCCUUACGUUUAAAUACCACUUUUCAGAGUAAGGAGUUGAUUUAAGAGCCAUCUUAAAUGAUGUCAAGUAUGCAUUUUCUUCUUCUGCUGACACAUGCAUUUCCUAGAUUUAAUGUUUUUCAUUCAUUAAAAUUGUUCAUGU